AUGACUCAUUUAUUUAAAAUGUUAAACCAAUUAAAACUUGGAUUAAACCCGACUUCAAUAUCUUGUGAUUUUGAACAAGCAAUAUUAAAAUCUAUAAAAAUUGAGUAUCCAAAUGCUGAAAUUUAUGGUUAUCUUUAUCAUUUUUCUAAAAAUGUUUAUAAAAAAAUAUGUGAUUUAAGGAUUGUAUCAAAUUAUUMAAAUAAUGCUGAUUAUUCAAUCUUAGUGAAAAUGGUUGUAGCAUUGACAUUCAUCCCACUUAAUGAUAUUGAUGUAGCAAUUGAGUUAUUGUCGGAAUACUUACCAGACGAAUCACAACCCUUAUUAAAUUGGUUUGAAGACAAUUACGUUGGGCGAAUUAAUAGAAAUGGAAGAGGUCGUCGCCUCGUUGGUUACCUUUAUUUCCACCUAAUACUUGGAGUAUGUAUAGGUAAUAGAGUUUUGGAUGGGUAA